GACGCGGCGGCAGCUAUCGACAACAUGAAUGAGUCGGAGCUCUUUGGCAGGACAAUUCGUGUGAACUUGGCCAAACCAAUGCGAAUUAAAGAGGGAUCCUCCAGGCCUGUCUGGUCAGACGACGACUGGCUGAAGAGGUUUUCAGGGAAGACGCUGGAGGAGAACACCGAGGAGGCAGGGGCCGAGGCCCCCAAUCCGCAGGUGCAGGAGGGUGAGCCUCCUGCCAAGAAAUCCCGGGUCAACCCUCAGGUUUACAUGGACAUCAAGAUCGGAAACAAACCUGCAGGGCGGCUGCAGAUCCUGCUGCGCUCAGAUGUGGUGCCCAUGACCGUAGAGAAUUUCCGCUGCCUCUGCACCCACGAGAAAGGCUUCGGCUUCAAAGGGAGCAGCUUCCACCGCAUCAUCCCCCAGUUCAUGUGCCAGGCCGGCGACUUCACCAACCACAACGGCACUGGAGGCAAAUCCAUCUACGGGAAGAAGUUUGACGAUGAAAACUUCAUUCUCAAGCACACGGGGCCAG